AUUUUGAUCUCGCACUGUAUUGUAUCAGCAGGAUUUGUUUGGCAACACAAAUUCAUUCUAAAACGCAGGAAAAGGCAGGACAAAGAGUAAGAAAUCCAUACCUCAACGCCGUAGCUCCAUGAUUCCAGCCAUUUAGUUCCCUCCAGUGUAAUGCUUUUCACGACUUUCUUGCCAAACUUCGCGGGCCUCCUUGGCCUUGUCCUCGCUAGCCUGAACUCACCCAGCCGUGGCGAGUCCCUGGCCACUAUUCUGCAGCAUGUACACCUUGACGACUUCGCCGACCGCACAGAGGGAAAGGCCGGAACGGGAACUACGCUCAAUCUCACUGAAAUCGUGGUUGGGCGGUGUUGGGACUACCAGCGAGUGACAGGGAUGGAAAAGGGAAAGCCAGACAGCCAGGUCGACUGUGACAACACUGCCUGGCCAGCCUUCGUGAAAGCAUUCGCCUACAAGGACCCCUGCAGUACGCCCGAUGACGCUUUCCGCGACUUCAUCCUCACAAUGACAGUCAACCUACCUAUGGAUGGCACCAUCUUCUGGUCUGGAACCAAGUAUCUUGCCAUGAUGUACUCGAUGCUCUCCGGUGGCACCAUGUUUUCCUUAGAAACGACCUUCCUCGGGUACACUGUCGACGGGCUCACGUGGUGCGGGGCGACUACAGGAGGCCAGCAAGGGAUCAACUACCACCACUGCCCGCCAUUUGCUGACCCAAGUUGCGAGAGUUCGGUCUCAAAGGUUUUCUGGGGCGCAGCUUCCAUGGCAUUCGCCAAGCAAGCACGAGGAAGGGUCACCGUCCUCUUAAACGGAAGCGACCCAGGUGGGGCCUUCCGGAACAACAGCUUUUUUGCCACCAUAGAACUUCCCAACUUGAAAACCUCUGCGGUAGAUCUAGUCAACAUUAUCGUUGUACAUGAUCUGGACGGGCAGGUUGUAGAUACCUGUGAUACUGGGACAGUGAAGACGCUAAAGAACCGCAUUGCCCAUCGAGGAUUAAAAUGGACUUGCCAGGACGACCCGAGGUUGGCUAGACUCAUCCUAUGCACUGAGAAUCUGGACAACGAGAAAUGUAGUCUGGCAUCCAAAACCCACUUGGGUUGGUACCUCAUCGUCUUCGCUUUUGCUACUGUGCUUUGGACAAUCGAGUUUGGCUAGAUUCAGGCUUGCCAUGCGACGUAUUCAUCUCUACAGGACAAAGACAAUGCUAAAACGAUAAGAAAUAGGUAAAGUGAACUGUGGGUACUAUUGCAAAUUAAGUGAACCUGUACGGCUUAGAACAGAAAAGGAGAGAGUCUAUAAAAGACAGCAUGAUU